GGGGAGGACUUGGGGGGGUAGGGAAGAGGCCGCAGAAGCCCGAGUCCUGACCCACCGGCAGGCGGGGGCUGCGGCGGCGCCGACCCCCCCCCCAAUUUCCCAUCAACUCCUCAGCGAGGCACCCAGUGGCGGCGUGAAGCACUCAGAGGGUGUCAGCUCUUAGGAGAUACCUCUGACUGCAUCCGACACCUCGCCGCCCCCACCCCCCGUCGUCAUCACCGUUGCACACGGGACGGAGGAGCCCGUGUCGGGACGACACGGGGACACCGAGCCCCCGCCAGCGUUGUUCGCCCUUUGCCCGCAGCGCCGGCGCCCCCCAUGCGCCAGGCAGCCGAGGGGUGGCAUCGGGGGGCGCCAUGGCCUCGGCGACCCCGGCGGUGGCGGCGUCGGGCGAAGCGGAGGAGACCACCCGGCUCCGCAAGCCGCGCUUCUCCUUCGAAGAGAACCAGAUCCUGAUUCGGGAGGUGCGCGCCCACUACCCGCAGCUGUACGGUGCGCAGAGCCGUCGGGUGAGCGUGGCUGAGAGGCGGCGAGUGUGGGACAGCAUCGCCGCCAAGAUCAACAGCAUCACCAGCUGGAAGCGCACGGGUCAAGAGGUGCAGAAGCGCUGGAACGACUUCAAGCGCCGCACCAAGGAGAAGCUGGCCCGCGUACCGCACUCCACGCAGGGCGCCGGGCCGGUCGCCGAGGACGCCUUCUCGGCGGAGGAGGAGACUAUUUUCGCCAUCCUGGGUCCGGGUGUGGCAUGGCCCGGGGCUGGUGCUGGAGCUGGUACCGGGACUGAGGAGUCCCCUGCAGCUGCCCCUUCACAGCCAUCGGUUCCAACUGUUGGUGCCCAGCGCUAUGUGUUGUCGGAGGAUCGCAGGGAGGAUCGCCGGGCAGAUACCCCAGCCCACAGCAAGGGGGACUCCAGCAGCCCGGAGCCCUGGUCCAGGCCGGCUUGCAAUCCCCAGGAAGCCAAGGAGCGUGAGUCCCCGCCCCCUGCAGUCCCGCAGACUGUCCAGCUAAGGCUCCACGUGGGAUUCUCCCCCCCCCCCCCCCCCCCCCCGCCGCUAGUCCAAGUGGCACCCUCAUCCCCCAGCCCCCCACCUCCUCCUCCUCGGCCUCCGCCCACCUCAGCCCCAGACCAGUCCCUGGACUUCCUGCGAGCACAGCAGGAGACUGCCAAUGCCAUCCGGGAGCUGGCUGGCACCCUCCGGCAGGGAUUGGCAAAACUGAGCGAGGCCCUCAGUGCCCUCUUACCCCUUCUGCCUGGAACCCCAGCUGACCCGCAGCCCUCACCCCCACUCCCGCCGCCACCCCCACCUGCCAGGCCGGUUCUGCCACCUCCUGCCCCCAAAGUGGAGAUCACCCCAGAGCCUGUGUCCGUGGUGGCCGCUGUCGUGGAUGGGGCUGUGGUUGCAGCUAGGGGAGUCAUCAUCUCCCCUCGGAGCGAGGAAGGGGUGCCCAGACCACCCCCAGCUCCUCCCCUGCCUCCCCAUGACUCACCCCCACACAAGAGGAGGAAAGGUUUCCCCACGCGGAAGAGGCGAGGCCGAUGGAAAUCUCCUUGAAAGCUACUCCGGUCUACGCUGCUGCCUGCAACCCCUCUCCCAGCUUGGCGCAGUGGAGGGAGGGACGAUGCGCUCUGCCCACCCCAGCUGCACCUUGGCUCCCUGCUCCAGGGGAGUGAGCACCCCACCCCCUGUGCUAGUUAGUGCCUGAUUCUCUGGGUAGGCCCGAGUGGGCUCCCCCAGCCCCUUUCUCUGGUACUGUGCUGUCUGCCUAGCUGCCUCCUGCAACCCUGACUUCUAAGCCAUCAACUUUAUGUUAUUAAAUUACCCUUUGUGGGGUGGGAGGUGCGACAUGCCCCUUUGCCUAACAGUUCCUGUUUUUGACUUGAAGAGAGGUACCCGGUGGGGGCUCCCCACCUCCCCAACCCAGACUUCGGACGGGUUGGAAGUUGUUAGACAAAUCAGAAUAUGGAUAUAGCCUGCUGUACCCUAGGGAGGGGAGGUGGGGUUCUGACUCUGGAGGUGUUAAGUUGGGGCCUCUUCCUUCCCUUGCCAUGUAUCUGACCUCCGGAGCUCAAGCCCCCCGCCUUUCUCUCAGUGGUAAUAAGAUAUCAAUAAACUUAUUUUUCAUACAAUUAAAUUGAGGCUCUGAGACAAGCCUUGAAAAUCUUG